CCGGCUUUGCGGUGGCGGGGCUGGACUAGGCAAGUUCCGAGCUGCGCCUGUUGGUGUCCAUUGGAGGCAGGCGAGGCAGUGGCGGAGCCUUGCAGAGCAGAAAAAGGGGCAUGGUUUGAUUCAGCCAGCACAUAUCACUCCCACGCCUGAGCCAAAGGCAAGUGGGUCCCAAAAAAAAAUCCAAGCCCCGGGAACACACCAGAGCUUUUAAAAGGCCAAAAAGAAAAGCCAGCCCCUCUUCCCAUCGCAGCGGCACCAGCCUCCUGGAUAAGUGCAGCUUCCCUGCAAAAACCAAUACAUGGAGCUAUAGAUUGGACGCAAGACGGGCUCUCCCGAAAUAUAAGCCACUCUCUGCUUUCUUUCAUCCCUCUUCCCGCAACUCCUCACCUCCCUCUUCCCAUCCACAUCCAUCAAUACCCACCCGCCCCCCUUCCCUAUCCACAGGCAUUCCUCCUCCCUCCCUUCUCAUCUGCUGACCAACUUCCCAACCCCCUCCCCCUUCCCCAAGUCCGACCUGUCACCCUCCAGUAAAAAGUGACCCGGUGUUGCAGCUGGGAGCCCGGGGACCAUGGAUUUGCCGAGGUCCCCGCCGAGGAGGAAGAGCUCGAUAUGGGACUCGAGUUUAGCUGUUUUCAUUUUGACACUAGUCCUGUGGCAAUCGUCGGGGAUCCGGGCAGCCGAUCCAAUAGAUGUUUUACAAGUGUUGCAGUUUAACAGGUUACCUGAAGGAGUAAGGACGACCACAGGCUUCUGUCCCAAAAGGAAAUCUGCCUCCAGCGCAGAUGUGGCUUACAGAAUAUCCAAAAAGGCUCAAAUCAGCGCCCCCACCAAACAGCUCUUCCCAGGAGGCACUCGAUUCCCUGAAGACUUCUCCAUCAUGGCACUGGUGAAACCAAAGGCUGGAAACCAGGCUUUCCUGCUGUCCAUCUACAGUGAGCAAGGCAUGCAGCAGGUGGGAGUGGAGUUAGGCCGGUCACCUGUCUUCCUGUAUGAGGACCACAGUGGGAAGCCUGCACCCGAGGACUACCCUAUUUUUGGAGGCAUCAAUCUCUCAGAUGGAAAGUGGCAUCGAGUUGCCAUCAGUGUGCAGAAGAACAAGAUCACAAUGAUUUUUGACUGCAAGAAAACUGUGGUCAAACCUUUGCCCCGCAGUAAAAAGCCCAUCAUUGAUACCAAGGGAAUUGUGGUGUUUGGAACCAGGAUUUUAGAUGAAGAAGUGUUUGAGGGUGACAUCCAGCAGCUGCUGAUUUCCUCAGAUCCCCGGGCUGCCUAUGACUAUUGCCAGCACUACAGCCCAGACUGUGGCACCCCGCUCCCGGACUACCCCCAGAGUCAGGAACCUAGCGCAGAGGACUAUAAAGGGAAAACUAAUGGGCGGAAGCAGGCGAAGCCGAAAGCUGAGGCUGCCCAGAGAAAGGCGCCCUCGCCGAAGCCUGCCACUGCCAAGCUGGCGACAGCUGCUGCCCAGAGCUCUGUGGUCAAGUUCAGUACCGCUGCCACCACCAAGGCUGGCACCAAGAUUGUCGUCACAAGAAUCCCGCAGAAGAGCCGGCUCAAUGGUUUCCAACAGGAUCCUACAGACCCCGCUCUCUACGAAGAGGAGAUCCCCGUUGAGACCAUCCCAACCGGACAGGACUACGGUGAGGUGGCAUUCACCGAGGUGGUCCCACAAAUCGUUGAGGCUGAUGUGACCAAGCUGGAGCAGGCAGCUACCACCGUGCAUCCAGUUACAGGCGAUGUGGUUUAUAAGGAAUAUUUCACUGGGGAAGAUGUUGGUCCCGGUGACCCAGGCUACGAUUAUGACUACAUUUACAAAGAUUACUAUGAGGAAAUCCUGCCCACGGAGAUUGGACCAGGACUGCCUGUUGAGAGCGAGGUGUACACAGAAGGAAUGGCCUUAAGUGGAUUAAAGGGUGAGAAAGGGGAGCCGGCAGUAGUCGAGCCAGGAAUGUUAGUGGAAGGUCCUCCUGGUCCAGAAGGCCCUGCGGGUCAGCCUGGCCCCCCAGGUGCAGCAGGACCUCCCGGACCCAUGGGUGAACCGGGCGAGAGGGGGCGUAACGGCCGGCCUGGACUACCUGGUGCUGAUGGCUUACCUGGACCUCCUGGUUCAUCACUCAUGCUGCCAUUCCGAUUCGGCGCCAGUGGAGGUGACAAGGGGCCGGUCGUGUCCGCGCAGGAGGCCCAGGCUCAGGCGAUCCUGCAGCAGGCUCGGUUGGCUUUAAGAGGACCACCAGGACCCAUGGGGUUCACAGGACGACCUGGACCCUUGGGGAGCCCUGGAGGACCAGGACUGAAGGGAGAGCGAGGAGAUUUUGGGCCUCAGGGUCCACGUGGUCCCCAAGGUGCCCCAGGUGCACCAGGCCGAUCUGGACGGAGGGGUCGUCCAGGAGCUGAUGGAGCACGAGGAAUGCCGGGCGAGCAUGGAAUUAAGGGCGACCGAGGAUUUGAUGGGCUGCCUGGCUUGCCUGGAGAGAAGGGAAACCGGGGGGAACUUGGUGUGCAGGGACUGAUGGGAAUACAAGGGGAAGAUGGAGAGCGGGGAGAUGAUGGUGAAGCUGGACCAAGAGGGUUGCCAGGGGAGCCAGGACCAAGAGGUCUCCUUGGACCUAAAGGACCCCCUGGACUGCAAGGACCACCUGGUGUCCGAGGAUCAGAUGGCCCCUCUGGUCCAAAAGGAAGCCUGGGGCCACAAGGAGAACCAGGACCUCCUGGACAACAAGGGAUCCCUGGAGCUCAGGGUAUAUCUGGUCCUCAGGGAGCCAUGGGUCCGCCAGGCCACAAGGGUCCAACUGGAAAACCUGGACUUCCUGGAAUUCCUGGAGCUGAUGGCCCUCCUGGCCAUCCGGGUAAAGAAGGUCCAUCAGGUCCGAAGGGUAACCAGGGUCAGUCUGGGCCACAGGGUCCUGUCGGCUAUCCUGGGCCACGUGGUGUGAAGGGUUCUGAAGGAAUCAGAGGGUUGAAGGGACACAAAGGUGAAAAAGGUGAAGAUGGGUUCCCUGGCUUCAAAGGAGACAUGGGCCUCAAGGGUGAACGGGGGGAGCUUGGGCCAACUGGUCCCCGAGGAGAGGAUGGACCUGAAGGCCCUAAAGGCCGGGUAGGACCUGUAGGUGACCCUGGUCCCCUGGGUGCACCAGGUGAGAAGGGUAAACUCGGAGUGCCUGGUCUCCCUGGUUACCCUGGACGCCAGGGACCCAAGGGUUCUCUUGGGUUCCCAGGAUUCCCUGGAGCUAAUGGAGAGAAAGGUGCUAGGGGAUUGCAAGGCAAGUUGGGUCAAAGAGGACAACGUGGACCUACGGGUCCACGGGGUCAACGAGGACCGAGAGGAGCAACUGGAAAACCAGGGGCAAAGGGAAGCUCGGGAACUGAUGGGCCUCCAGGACCUCCUGGAGAACGGGGUCUUCCAGGGCCUCAAGGAUCAACCGGUUUUGCAGGACCGAAGGGACCACCUGGACCGCCAGGAAAGGACGGACUCCCGGGACACCCUGGACAGAGAGGAGAAGUGGGUUUCCAAGGUAAGGCUGGCCCUCCAGGACCGCCAGGUGUAGUUGGACCUCAGGGUGCUAGUGGUGAAUCAGGACCAAUGGGCGAGAGGGGACACCCAGGACCUCCUGGGCCACCCGGUGAACAAGGUCUGCCUGGACCAUCUGGAAAAGAAGGAACCAAGGGUGACCCCGGACCACCUGGACCCUCUGGUAAGAAUGGGCCCCCAGGCUUGAGAGGAUUCCCUGGUGAGACUGGAUUGCCUGGAUCUCCGGGUGGACCAGGAUUGAAAGGUGGCCAGGGCCCCCCAGGACCACCUGGUCCAGCUGGCUCCCCUGGAGUGAGAGGCAAAUCGGGACCGGGGGGUCCCAUCGGUCUCCCAGGACGUCCCGGACCUCAGGGACCUCCUGGCCCAGCAGGGGAGAAAGGAGUGCCGGGUGGUAAAGGCCCGAUUGGUCCCGCUGGCCGAGACGGUGUUCAAGGCCCUGUUGGACUUCCAGGGCCUGCGGGUACCCCUGGAGGCCCUGGCGAGGAUGGCGACAAGGGUGAAGUAGGUGAACCUGGACACAAAGGGAGGAAGGGCAACAAAGGUGAACAUGGUCCACCUGGUCCUCCAGGUCCAAUUGGUCCCGUUGGUCAGCCAGGUCCUGCAGGUGCUGAUGGAGAGCCUGGCCUGAGGGGCCAGCAGGGACACUUUGGACAGAAAGGUGAUGACGGUCCCAGAGGCUUUCCAGGAUCACCGGGACCAAUUGGCCUGCAGGGAAUGCCUGGGCCUUCAGGAACCAAGGGGGAAACUGGUGAUGUUGGUCCCAUGGGUCCACCUGGCCCUCCUGGUCCAACAGGCCCUGCAGGUCCAAAUGGAGCAGAUGGUCCUCAAGGUCCUCCCGGAGGCAUUGGCAACCCAGGGUCCAUUGGAGAAAAGGGUGAAGCUGGAGAAUCCGGUGCUCCUGGAAUCCAAGGUCUUCCCGGGCGAAAGGGUCCAAAAGGUGAAAGAGGAGAAAAAGGAGAAACUGGCCAACCUGGUGAAGCUGGGCCUCCAGGUACUAGAGGGCCCAUUGGUGACGAUGGACCCAAGGGCAAUCCUGGUCCUGUUGGCUUCCCUGGUGACCCUGGCCCUGGUGGUGAACCUGGACCACGUGGUCAGGACGGUGCCAAGGGGGAAAGGGGAGAGACAGGCGAGCAAGGACAAGCUGGGUCUCCUGGUCCAACUGGUGAAGUGGGACCUCCAGGUCCACCAGGAAAGAGGGGUCCAGCCGGAGCUCCUGGUCCAGAGGGCAGAGAAGGCGAGAAAGGAAGCAAGGGUGAACCUGGAGCCAAGGGGCCUCCUGGGAAAACUGGUCCUAUUGGACCACAAGGCACCCCAGGCAAACGUGGCCCAGAGGGUCUCCGAGGUAUUCCCGGUGCUCUGGGUGAACAAGGAACUCCUGGAGUCCCAGGACAGACCGGUCCUCCUGGCCCAAUGGGUCCCCCUGGGUUACCUGGCUUGAAGGGAGAUGGUGGCCCUAAGGGAGAGAAGGGGCACCCUGGUCUAAUUGGAUUGAUUGGGCCCCCAGGAGAGCAGGGGGAGAAGGGCGAUCGUGGCUCGCCUGGUCCAUCGGGAAAAGAAGGACUUAAAGGAGACACUGGUGUUUCCGGUGCAACUGGACCUGUUGGACCUGCUGGUCCUCCUGGAUUACCGGGUCCGCCUGGUCCCAAAGGGUCAAAAGGUUCUCGGGGUACUGCUGGUCCUAAAGGGCAGCGAGGUGUUACUGGUCCUCCUGGUAUUCCUGGUCCACCAGGUGAAGUAAUUCAACCACUGCCCAUCCAGAGGAGCAAGAAGAGCAAACGCUCAGUAUCCAUUGAUGGCAGCAAGAUGGACCCCGAUGAUCAGGUGAUGGGAGAUGAAAUCCUGGACUACGCUGAUGGCAUGGAGGAAAUCUUUGGAUCGUUGAACUCGCUAAAGGUGGAGAUUGAACAAAUGAGGCACCCCAUCGGAUCAAAGGAAAAUCCCGCGCGCACUUGCAGGGACCUGCAGCUCUGUCAUGAAGACUACCAGGAUGGUGAAUACUGGAUUGAUCCAAAUCAGGGCUGUGCAGCAGAUUCCUUCAAGGUAUACUGUAACUUCACUGCAGGCGGAGAGACCUGUAUCUUCCCAGAUAAGAAAUCAGAAGGGGUGAAGAUGUCUUCCUGGAACAGCGAGUAUCCAGGAGCCUGGUUCAGUGAGUUCAAACGAGGAGCACAGCUUUCCUACGUGGACUCAGACAAUAACCCAGUUGGUGUCGUCCAGAUGACCUUCUUGAGAUUGCUGAGUGUGUCAGCUCGCCAGAACUUCACUUAUCACUGCCAUCGCUCAGUAGCCUGGCACCACCUGGCAGCCAAUAGCUAUGACAAAGCCAUGCGUUUCCUUGGAUCCAAUGAUGAGGAGAUGUCAUUUGAUAACAACCCCUACAUCAAAGCCAUUAUGGAUGGCUGUGCGCUGAGGAAGGGAAAUGACAAAACUGUCCUAGAGAUCAACACUCCACAAGUCGAGCAGAUGCCUUUUGUCGACGUGCUGUUCACAGACUUUGCGGAACCCAACCAAAAGUUUGGAUUUGAUGUGGGACCCGUCUGCUUCCAGGGAUAAAAUGACGAUUAGAAUAAAACAAACACACACAUCCCACCCCACCGCGACUAGUGUCACUAUCACCGCCACCGACCCUUCCUCGUCCUGCCCACCAUUAAUCAGUCCUACGACCAAUAUCACCCAGGGGAGAAAAGAGAAAAUUGCAGCCAGUGAUUUGUCCCUGAUGAUUGAUUGUGUUCUCCUGGCUGAAGAUCCUCAGAGAACGGUUAUGUGUGUGCCAACAAGAACACAGAAACAUACACGCCAAAUUAUCUCCCAUUUCCCUCCACUGUACUGCCCCUUUAAGACCAACUUCCCUUUGGUGGUAGUGUGCUGGUAUGAGGCGGGAUUAAUUUUUCCAAGAAGACCGGCGAGAUGAUAAAUGUGUUUCUUCUGUUCUUUUUUUAAUUAAAAAAUUGUUCUCCAUAGAUUGUAAUAUAAAAAAACCACAACAGAGAGAGAGAGACAAUAUUAUUUAAAUUCGCAAACCUGCCGUAAAUUGAACCAAACAGUAAAGAAAUGAUGAAAUUAAGUCUGUGAAGCUUUACUAGUAAAUAUGGUGCUCCAAAAUUGUAUUUACUCUCCUUUUUUUAAAAAAAGAAAAGGUGCUCAGAGUGUUAUAUGUUUGUAAGUAUUUUUUAUUUCUAAUGUAAAAUAUAUCUAUAAAUUGCUGCUUGUUGUGUUAAUUUUCUGUAUAGAAACCCCUGAAGGUGGCUGACAUGUGGUUUUAAAAUAAAAUUCUGCUCUUCCCUCUCACUCUCACCUUGCUUUUACUCUGCUCUCCUAAACAUGCUUACUAACCCAUGCCCUCCCUAUGUCCCAAUGCCACCUCCUUGUUUUCCUUCUCUCUCUCUCUCUCUCUCCUCUCUCUCUCUCUCUCUCUCUCUCUCUCUCUCUCUCUCUCUCUCUCUCUCUCUCUCUCUCUCUCUCUCUCUCUCUCUCUCUCUCUCUCUCUCUCUCUCUCUCUCACACAUACACUUUCUUUGCCUACCUUGCAUUUUAUACUCUUUGCCACAGCAGCCCACAUCCCCUCCUCCCCUCUGACAUUACAGAUCCUGGUUUGAGCAGGGCACAAAGCUUACUGCGCUUUCACUCACCCUGAUGCUUUUUUUUGUUUCCUUGUCACAUUUUACUUCUUUCGGUCUGAGAGAUUAACUGUAGGCGUUGUGUGGUAGGUCAUCCGCUGUACUGUACUGUGUCUGAGUGGAGCGAAUCUUUUAAUAGAUCGUAAAUCACCAA